CCCCUGCCCGGCCAGCGCUUCAUAUAUAGCUGCUCGGCUGCCUCAGCUCCCUCCCUCCCUGCUCUGCCAAGCUAACAGCUAUCUGUACCUGGUCCAUCGAGAAUUCGGGAUCAAUCAUUAGCUCCACCGGUUAAAGGUGCUCGAAAUUAAGAUGGAUGACCUGUGGUGCAGCCUGGACAUCGCCGGCCUCCAGAGCGCCCUCGCCGCCGAUCCCUUGUGGCAACCCUUCCCCGACUCUGCCGUGAGCUCCAUCGGCGCCGGUGACGAAAAUGCCUACUUCGGGGCCGGCAACGUCGAUCUCAUGCUUUCUUCGCCCGACGAGGCAAACAACGGCAUGGCGGUAGACAUGGACGCGAGCGGCUUCUUCGGGGACGACGGCCGCUUCCUGUUCCAGCAGGCGUCCACCUCCUCCUCGCUCUCGUCCAAGCGCUCCCUCUCCAUCGACAGCGGCGGCUCCUCGGGCUCCUUCACGCUCGACGCCUCGCCCUACCAAGCUCCAGCGCCGGCCAUGGCGCACCACCCGUUCCCCGGCGCAGGAGUCGUAGGCGACCAUGACGACGAGGCCAUCUUGCGGGCGAUGAUGGCGGUCAUGUCGGCCUCUGCGUCCCCCUCCUCCUCCGCGUCCCCGUCGGCCUCCUCGCGCCCGUCGCACCCGUUCCGCCGGGACGAAGCUGCGGCGAUGCCGAUGCCGUUGCCGCAGCAGCAUCUGCGUGGAGGGAAUAAUGGCGGCCACGUGAUGGUGAAGAGCAGCCUCGCCAUGUCGCCGCCGGAGAAGACCCAGGAGGAGCCGAGCAGAGGAGCGGCGGGCGGCAACAACGGGCAGCUCUACCACAUGAUGUCCGAGAGAAAGAGACGGGAGAAGCUCAACGACAGCUUCCUCACUCUCAGGUCGCUGCUUCCUCCUUGCUCAAAGAAGGACAAGACGACGGUGCUGACCAAGGCAGCGGGGUACCUGAAGGCGCUGGAGGCGCAGGUGUGGGAGCUGGAGGAGAAGAAGCGCAAGCUGGAGAGGCACAUCCCGGCCCAGGAGGCUCCUCUGGCGCCGCAGCAGAGCAGGAGAGCCAAGGUGCAGAUCAGCAGGUCGGAGGACGUGGUGAACCUGACGGUAAUGGUGAUGGUGGAGUGCGACGUGGUGGAGCUGGUGCUCCGUGUCCUGGAGUGCCUCCGCUGGAUGGAGCGGAUCAGCGUGCUGUCCGUCGACGCCGACACCUACUCCCCCAAGGUGCUGCUCAAGGCCAUCGCCAGCAUCAAGCUCAGGAUCAUGGACGGAUGCGACUGGAACGAGGCUUCCUUCCGCGAGGCGAUGACGAAAGCGGUUAACGACGCGACCUCGUCCCCUCCGACGACGACGACGACUAGUCUUCCCCCCUGCGCCCGGGUCCCGCUCGUGGUCACAGCCUAGGACGACCGAUUCGUCGUCGUAUGGUUUUUGGUCGGAACUCGGUCGGUCGUUGAAGCUAGAAGAAGCAAGGCAUCCAUGUGCCGCUAGGAGAAUGGGGACGGCGAAUUUAAGGCUUUUGUUGGUGGGGACUGUCUGUAGUGGUAGAAAUGUUCAGGUUUUGGGUUAGCGGAAUAACACUCGUGUGCAUAUGUGUGGCGUACGUGCCCUGCUGCAGAUCGAUGAUGGCAUGUGGCUUUGUGUUUUUGUUCGGCCUGUUUGGGCAAUGUUUCGUGGUUGCGUCCUACUAGUAGAUUAGCAGUACUAGAGUACUAUCUUGGCAGUUAAUUAGUGGAGAAUUAGCAAUGCUGUGCAAAACAGGUUUGUAGAGGAAGAUACGACAUCACAGCCAAUACUCCCAUAUUAUUAUCUGAACUCAAUGUCUUGAGUUGGUUGUUCAUCACUGGAUUGA